AUGGGAGCUUACUUAACAAAGCCAAUAAUAUAAAAGGAAACACAUUAGGAUAGCAGAGGACGUUUUGAGUAUGCUUCUGUAUGCAUGCAAGGCUGGAGAGUAAGUAUGGAAGAUGCUCAUAUUUAAAGCCUUGAUUUUGAUGGUGACGAUAAAGCUAUUUUUGGUGUAUUUGAUGGACAUGGAGGUAAAGAAAUGGCUUAAUUUGUCUCUCAGCAUUUUAUUAAGGAGUUAUUGAGAUGCCAAGCAUACAAAGAAGGAAAGUACAAAGAAGCCUUAGAAUAAACAUUCCUUCGUAUGGAUGAGCUAGCUGAAACUGAAGAUGGAAAAAAUUAAUUAGGUGACGGUAAUCCUGGUUGCACUGCAAAUGUUGUACUUAUUGUAAAGGAUAAAAUAUACUGCGCUAACAGUGGAGAUUCAAGAGCAAUAGUCAUGAAAGGCACCAAGGAGUAUGCCCUUAGUAUUGACCAUAAACCCGAUACCGAUUCUGAAAAGCGCAGAAUCGAAAGGGCUGGUGGUACUGUCAUUUAAGGAAGAGUUAAUGGAAACUUAAAUCUCUCUCGUGCACUAGGCGAUUUAGAAUAUAAAGUGAAUGAGAAAAACCCCAGUAGUAAAAACCCUAAAGAAUAUAUGAUUACAGCAUUCCCAGACGUCACUGAGACAGCCUUAACUAAAGACAUUAGUUUGAUAGUUCUAGGAUGUGAUGGUAUUUGGGAAUGUAAAUCCAACUAAUAUAUUGUUGAAUAUUUUGCAAAAACUAAAUAAAAUCUCACCCAAACUUGCUGCGAUUUCCUAGAUUCUAUCCUUGCCCCUCAUAGUGCAACAACAUGGGGAUUGGAUAACAUGAGUAUUAUUGUAGUAAAAAUCAAUCACGAUAAGCGUUGA